GGACUGGAUCGCCUGAGUGGCACCGCUGCGCCAUCUAUCCACCGACCGCUCACAACAACACUGCCAACACCUCCACUGGGCUGAAGGCGACAGAAGGGAAGGAGUUGGUACCGAGACCUUAGCAUCAUGUCUAGCAAUGUGUCUGAGAGUUCUGAGGUGGUGGGGUGCCCCGGGGAUGUGCAGGAUGAGGUGUGCGUGGUGUGCUUCAGGCCCGUCGAGGUGUACAGCGUCGGGGAGUGUGACCAUCCUGUGUGCUACGAGUGUUCCACCAGGAUGAGGGUGCUCUGUGCCAGGAACGAGUGCCCCAUAUGCAGGAAAGAAAUGUCCAAGGUGGUCUUCACAAGGGAAGUAAUACCCUUUGCCAGCAUCCAGACCCGAAACAUGCACUAUGAACGUCGAUAUGCAAUAUUUUUUGAAAACGAGGGAGUCAUGAGAGCUUAUGACUCCUUGCUGGAGCACAGGUGUAAAGCAUGUGAUGACAUGCCAGUGUUCAGGAACUUCACCCAGCUUAAGGACCACAUGAGGAAAUAUCACGAACGCUUCUACUGUGAGCUCUGCGUCGACCACUUAAAGAUUUUUACUCAUGAGCGACGGUCAUACUCAAGGUCACAGUUGGCUCAGCAUCGCCGCAAGGGUGAUACUGACGACCGCAGCCACAGAGGUCACCCACUGUGUGAAUUCUGUGAUGCAAGGUACAUGGAUAAUGAUGAACUUUUCCGGCACUUAAGGCGGGAUCACUUCUUCUGUCAUUUUUGUGAUGCUGAUGGUUCACAUCAGUAUUAUGAUGACUACAAUGCAUUACGGAAGCACUUCCGAACCGAUCACUAUCUCUGUGAAGAGGGAGACUGCCAAGAGGAGCGGUUUACAUCAGUGUUCAGAACCAAACUUGAUUUACAAGCUCACUGCACUCAGAAUCACAGCCAGAACAUGACCAAACAGGCAGCAAGACAAGCACGCACUGUGGAUAUUGAGUUCACUCUCAAUCCCCGGCCACAGGACAGCCACCGGCAGGAGGAGCGAGGGGGACGAGGCAGCAGAGGGGGCAGGGGGAGAGGAGGCAGAGGUGGAAGAAGAGAUAGAGAGAGAGACUUUGAAGACCAAAGAAUAGCAGAUGAAAUUGAUAGCAGACCACCUCCUAACCAACAUCAAAUAGAUAUAAACUGCGUACAAGAUUUCCCGUCAUUAAAUAGCAAUGGCCCAGGAUCAGGAGGUGAGGCUGGUGGGGCCAGUGGCUCAAAGUCAAUGGCCACACAUUUGGCACAGCAAAACAGAUUUACAAUAAGGGCAAGAGGAAGAACAAAUCUUUUAGAAGAGGAAUUCCCAUCACUUCGAUCAGGAUCCACAAGUGUCACAGUCAGUGCUGCCUCAGCUACAUCUCAGUCUCCUUCAUCACCCACAACAUCAGUUCACCUCAAAGUUAACACUAAAAAGCCUUCCCGUGAUGCUCAGGGAUCCAAUUCUAGAAGCAGUAAUGUUUCAAUACAAUACAACCGCACUGUGCCUGCUGCAACUAAUGAGGCAAAGACUCCAUCCUCUGAAGGAGAGAGCAGCAGGGGAACAGGACCCCAAAUAGGAGUUAUAUCACACAGCAGCAAUAUAACACUUCAAAGCACAGGGAGUGGUAAACCCAAAUCAAAAAGUCCAGAAGAAGAUUUCCCAGCACUUGUUACUCCAAAGACAAAAGUUAUUGGCCAGUCCUCUGGUGGGUGGGGAAGUGCUAUGACUCAACCAUCUAAUAAUGUACCAAAUAAGGUGACCACAAAAGUUUUUACAAAUGAUUUUCCAUCUUUAGGACCUUCUUUAGGUGCCCCAUCCACAGCCACAUCAAAACCAGGUAAAAAGUUUAAUGCAAAGGACUUCCCAACCUUAGCUCCUAAUAGUGAUAGCCAAACACACAUGCAGAAUUAUCACGGACAUUCUAGUGUCACGAUACCAGUGAGUAAUGCUUGGACGCACAGUGUAGAGCACAUGCCCAAGCCAUCGGAACCUAAUGAGAAUUUAAUAGGAUCGAAAGGUAAAAAAAGAAGAAAGGUCCCAAUAAGCCUGCAACGCAAAGCACCCAAGGUGGCAGUGGGAAACACAGCUCAGAGUAGCUUAGCAAAUGGCACCAGUAAGCCUAAAGCAGCACCAAAGAAGAAACCUUUGGGGCUCCACAAUAUAUUUGAUGACAGUGAUGAUGAAGAAGCUCCAAAAAUUGACUUGUCCAUGGGGAAAUUAGGUGAUUAUGAGUCUCUAGCUCCACAACAAGGUUCUAAUGUUAAAAUGAUCACUCAAGAGUCACUCACUCAAGAAAGAAAGAAAUCAGAGCUGAAAAUUGGUACCUUAAAAUCACCACCAGUAAUGGACAGUGACGAAGCCUUUCCCUCACUGGGAGCAGCCACUUCUUCCCCCUUGACAACUUCCACUUGGUCAUCACCUGCAAAAAAAAUCAGCACCCCCAGGAUUCUCAGGAAAGCCCCAAGGUCCCUCCAGGCUUUAGUGCCACAGACAUGACUUUCACCAGUAGCUCAGGGGGAAAAGUUCGCCAUUUCACCCACUUCAGAAGGUGCUGUGUCCACUGAUUUUACACAGCAGCCACGACCCCCCUCAUCAUACUCAUUUGCCCGUCCUCCUGACUUUGAGCAGCGUAAUAAGAACUUGAUCAGGACAAUCCAGAACGAGUGCCAGGGAGAAGAGGAGAAGUUUGCUCAGUUCAAGCACUUGGCAAACCAACUUAGGAGUGGAGAACUGUCAGGCCAAGUGUACUAUGAGUCCUGUAGGAGUAUGAUGGGUAAGGACACCUUCCUCAAGAUCCUUCCAGAGCUGCUAGUACUUCUGCCAGACAUAAAAAACCAACAGGAAGUACUGGGGGCCUAUAGGAAGGUUGAUGGUGGACGGGGCUGCUCCACCCUCUUUGCCGUGUGUGUAGUGUGUCGGCAGGUUCUGAGCCAAGGGGACUUUGCCCAGCACAUGGAGUUACACGACAAUGUUGCUGCAGACUUUCCCUCCUUGUCUCAGGCUUCAUCUCACAUUCUGAAGAAGUGAUGAAAUUGAUCUCAAACUUUGGAAAUGGAUUCAUGAAUGCGGCAAGUGGCAUGAAGAGGUUUCCAAAUGCUUUGAUGUGGUUUGAAUAUCAAGCUUGUUUGCUGGUUAUUUUUGUAUUCUUUGUUUACCUUGUAUAUAUAACACAAAAGAUAUAGGAAAAUACUUAACUCAUUGUGUAGAAAUGCUCAGCAGAAUUACCCACUUGCAUACUACAUCUAUGAUACACAUCUAAGUAAUUUCAGACGUUUACAAAAUGAUAAAUGAAAUGAAGUAGAGGGUUCCCUGGUCACUAUUGUUUUGGUGUAUUAAGAGCUUCCUUACUGCAUUUCUUUUAGAUGUUACACACUUGAGAGUUCUGUUGUCCAUUGAAUGUUUGGUUACAUUGACUUGGUCUGUGGUCAGGCCAAUAAAAUCUUUUUUUUUUUUUUCUCUCCCUCUUACUAAAUUGGUUAUGUAUUAGACCAAGAAUGAAUCUUGACAUUGGGUUUGGACUUUUAAAAGAUUUAUUUAUUUUUAUGUGGAACUUACUCAAAGAAGUUCAUAGUUAUUAUAUUUAUAUUUGUAUGCAAUAAGGUUAUUUUCAGGAUGUGACAUUAUGAAUGUCCUUGUAGCUCCUGUUUCAUUUUCAGGGAAGUGCCCCUCUUUAGGAAUAUUGCUGUGGCUGUUGGCAUAUCUAGUUCAUGGGCUAUAAGUUUGCUUUCAAAGAACUCAAACAAUUUAUAUAUAUAUAUAUAUAUAUAUAUAUAUAUAUAUAUAUAUAUAUAUAUAUAUAUAUAUAUAUAUAUAUAUAUAUAUAUAUAUAUAUAUAUAUAUAUAUAUGAUGCCCUCAAUAUUAUGAACAUUAAUGCAGAAAAGCAUGGAGUACUAUUGAAGAUUCAUGUCAGUUUAAGAAAUCAGAUACUUUUCAGAGCAUGAGCUUUUUCUUGGGGUGAGUAACAAUGCAGGUGGUCAAAUCAAGGCAGCAAGGCACACCUGUGAGGGAGAGAUGUUGUAGUAUUCAUGUGAGAAAUGGAAGGAAAAAAAAAUUAUGAGAGCAGUAAUGCAAAAAUCAGUAAUAUGGAAAUAGAACAAAUUGAUAAAGAGGAAGGUUUAUUAGGUGUUAUUAAGGUUCAAAAAUAUAAUGAAAUUGCAAAGCUGUCACUUACAUCAUAGUAUUCCUGGAAAUAAGGGUAUUGUUUGGUUAGUGGGCGUGAUGUUGCUUACCAAUAUUAUCCUGUAGAGAUCUCCCCUUUGAGUGUGUGUACAUAUAUACAGUGGUGACCCUGCAAUUCGAAUACCCAAUUCCAUGAACAAAUUAUAUAUAUAUAUAUUUUAUUUAUUUUUUUAUAUAGAAAAUUUUUCUUUGAAAUCUGGAUGCAUUUUCAGAAAUCAGACACCAACAUAGUGUAUUUCCCAACUUCAAAGACACUUUGCCCUUGAGGAUGCACCCUAGUUUUGACGACCAAAAAUUUGAAAAAAUAAAAAUAAAAAAUAAUAAUAAGUAGAAUAAAAUGCAGCAAUUAUAAAACAUAUAUAAAUAACAUCACACAAUUUUAACAAGACAACCACAGUGCAAUGAAAAUCCCACCAUGUCCUAUGUAAUUUUGGAACUGAUAGAGAGUGAAUCUUGAUGGUGGCAGGCAGCAAGUGAUUACAUUAGUCUUGUUGUUAAUAACAUUUACUGGUAAACCUUGUUAACAGUUUUACUUCCUUUGUCACUUAAUAAUGUUCCCUUAAAAUCAGGAUGUUUUGAGAGAAAAUACCAACAAUACUGAUACAAAACAUGUAAAGCACCAUUCGUUUGUUGCCUCAUGUAUACUAUGCCCAUACAGGAAAAAAUUUUUGUGAUUGCAUAUAAUUCCUCUUUAUGAUACUUUUGUUUGUUUAUUAUUUAAACUUAGUAUAUUUUGUACACUUCAUUGGGAGACCAUAUACAGUAGUUCAGAUUACUGUCUUAGGUAAUGGGUUUUCAUAGGAUCCAGAAAUGGAAUUAAUUUGUUAUUUUGUUUGGGGUAAAUAGUUUUGGAAUCAGCAAUGCUGGGCAUUGGCAUCAUAAGGAUGUUACUUGAUUACACAUCAAGGUUUUCAUAAAUAAAGAUAUAAUUGAAUUCAAGAAUGUAGUGUAUCAUUGUAGCAAAUAACAGCAAAAACAUAACAAAUGGCAACAGCGACCAGCUGGACGGUACUGGAUGGCUUAUGUGCAGCCACUUGCCAUUGAGGUGCGUUCAUAUUGAAAUGUCCUGCGACUUCUAAACCGUGGUGUUAACAGCACUUGACCAUAGAAUAUUUUCUACUUAGAAUGACAUGACCUUUCAUUUCUGAGAAUAUACAACUUUCCUCUUGGGUCACCCUAUAUAUGUAUCUAUACUAAUAUCCUUGUAAGGAUGUCAACUAAAGGUAUCAAUUGCAAACUGAUGGUGUAAACAUUGCGUAUUUUUAUAAUUAUCUGUGUUUGAAAUGAGAUUUGCCAUACAAGUUACCAUAUAAGAUAAAAUUAGAUUAGUUGAUAUUGGAAUAAGUAAAAUUUAAUUUAUUUAAAUCAUUGUAAAAUCCAAACCAAGCUGCAAUAAAAUUUUAAGGUCAUUUAUAGAAACAUGGUCCCCAUCCUUAGAAAAAAUGGUUAUUUGAGAGAGAUAUAGUAGAUGAAUUCAAAAUUCAUGGUAUGUCAGAAUAAUCAAUUGUUCUCAAAACUGGUGAAUGCCCACUAACCAAAAUUUACUGGGGCAAACUGAGUGGCAAGUAUAAUUUUGAUUUCUGGGGAGGAAAAUGUAUGUAUGCUUUAACUGAAAUCCAUUAUCAUGGAUACUCAGUCUCACAAAAACUUAACUGUGCACAAAAGUUGAGGUGCCCUUACAAAGGCUGUGAUGUGUCUGAGGACAAUAAAGAAACCUCCCAGACCAAAACCAGUGUCCUGCUGUCUUGCAUCAUGACCAUUGUCCCCUCUAUUACACAGUACCACACCAUGUGUCUUCUCUUUGUCAGAGAAUGUGCUUCACAUGCUAACUUGUACUGUUCUGGUUUCUUGCUUAACAGGCACCCUAGAAAAUGGGUAUUGCUGAUAUUCAUGGAAUUGUGCAAUUUAUAGAAGCACUGUUGAAACACAGGCCAUUUAUUCUUUUGCUAUGUUCUUGGUGUCAGGGGUCGGCACCUUGUAUGAGUCUUCUCCAGGUUAUUUGAUACUAAGUACAACAGUACAGGAGAUACAUGUCAUGCUGAAGGAAACAAAAACAUAAUGAGUAGUAUGUUUUUUAUUAAAAAGAAAAUAGUCUGAGUAACAUGGGAUUGGAUCUUCAGAUAGAACAAAUUUCUGACAAGGCAACCACAGCUUGGUGUUCCCUUACAAUUAGUUCAUUUUAUUGAGGGAUAUAUAUAUAUAUAUAUAUAUAUAUAUAUAUAUAUAUAUAUAUAUAUAUAUAUAUAUAUAUAUAUAUAUAUAUAUAUAUAUAUAUUCCUAGUUUCAUAUAAAACUUAAUGACCCUUGAAAUAUUACAUCUAUUGAAUUGCAUUUUAAAGCCUGUGAUCAGGAAGUGCCUACAUUAUAAAAGAAGAAAUUUAAGAUAUAUGUAUACUGACUGACUUUUGUAAAUUUGAUGUAUAUAAUUGAAUAAAUUGCUGAUAUUUUUUA